GUCUGGGACAAUCCAUUGCUCAGGCGAAUGAUAAAGAAUAACAGACAGGGGAGAGGUCCUGUGGUGUGAGGAGCGCACGGAGGCAGCGCUGGGACAUAACGCGCAGUUGUCAUCAACAGAAACAGAAACAGCUCCAGCUACGUGAAGAAGAGGAGACGCGGAGGAAGCAGCAAAGAGGUUUCAACCUGCUGCGUGACCAAGUCUGGAGGAGAUCUGACGAGCGUCUGUCGCACGUAGGGCUAAAUUCACAAAGUCAAUGUUUACUUUAAUCUGUCAGAACCGGGUUACUGUACAAGCACCUGUUGAACGUGGAAUGGAUGUAAACUUUAAAUGAAUGUGGACCACCCACAGUACGCUCCCUCACAUCAGAACACGUUGGGGGCAAGUGGGUAAAUGUACAGUAAUCUGCAAACGUGGAGCUCCCGCUGUGGCAGACUUCAACAGGGGCAUUAAUCAAACGAAAAAAGUUGAGGGGGGGAAAAGAUCAAUUAGUUGCGAGAGCAGCUCAGGUCCUCACCUGUCGCUGCGCCUGACGCAGGCUCAGCCCUCCUGUAUAAUUUGGGACGUCUAAUUGCUCUUUUAGGCUAUUUCCAGCAGAAGAGUUCAGAGGAGAGAGCCGUACCGCACUCUGCCACUGUGUAAUUUUAUCCACGCUGCAGCCUCUCACUUCACACAGGGCUGAUACCUUUUGCCUCCCCCUUUCCUUUGUAUCAAUUGGUCGGAGUUCAGCCUAUUGUCGCCACAAGCUUCUUUUAUAUCUGCGCUCAGUCUGAACUGAGGCGCUCAGUCAGAUCCACGGGAGUCCCUUGUAGCAGCGGCGGCAGCGGCAGCGGCGGCCGAGGAGCGGACCCCACCUCGCCGCGUCGCCACAGCAGCGUGUCUCGUGCUCGGAUGUACACAGCACUGGGGCUCCCCAGCGUCGGGGGCCCGACACUUUAAUGGGACCUCGGGAGCGAGAAGGAGUUCUCGGUUUUUUCGCCACAGUCGACCCUCCCCGGCCAUGCCACAAUGCUGAUGCUACCUCUGCUGGUGUUGCUGGGCCAGUUGGAUCUUAUUAGUUCCCGGGCCCGCUGCGCCCCUGGCCAGGCUUGCGACCCCCGGCAGCGGAGAGACGCCGGGGGCCGCGGAGGAGUGUAUGAGCACCUCGGGGGAGCGCCGAGGCGCAGGAAACUUUACUGCGCCACCAAAUAUCACUUGCAAAUCCACCCGAACGGGAGAAUUGAUGGGUCACUGGAGGAGAACAACCCGUUAAGCAUCAUGGAAAUUACCGCAGUGGAUGUGGGUGUCGUGGCCAUAAAGGGGCUUUUCUCUGGCAGAUAUCUGGCCAUGAAUGACAAGGGACGGCUGUACGCCUCGGAAGUUUUCAACAAAGAGUGUGAGUUCGUGGAGCGCAUCCACGAGCUGGGCUACAACACAUACGCGUCUCGCCACCACUCCACCGAGCAGCCGCUGCCAGCAGGGGGCGGCGGCGGCGGCGGCGGCGGCAGCAAGAGGCGCGCGAGCGCCAAGCGCCAGUGGUACGUUUCUAUCAACGGCAAGGGGCGGCCGCGGAGAGGCUUCAAGACCCGAAGCACGGACAAAGCCUCGCUCUUCCUGCCGCGCGUGCUCGGGAAUAAAGACCAUGAGAUGGUGAGGAGGCUGCGGGACAGUCAGAGCGCGCAGCAGCUGGCGCAUCAACACGGCGGCCGCGGCGAACGCCGCCGGCGCCGGCACCGGGCCCGGAAGGGCCGGGUCAGGCACCCUGAAGACUGAGGCCGAGGGACCGAGAGACCCCCGCGGCUCUGAGACUAGGCACAUAAUCUGCGGCAGCGUCAUCUCAGUGGGCGAUGUGGGAAAAAGAACGAUUUGGAUGCUGCCUUUUGGAUUUUUUGGUGCUGGUGCACAGAAAACUAGAACAAAUGACCUUCACACGUGCUGGAACACAUUUAACCUAUUUGGAGGAGACGUUGACUCUCACACGUACACACAAACAAUAUAUAACCUUUUAUUUACCGAUGCCUGACUUCUUCCAGAUGCUACUGUCCUGUACACAAAUAUGUUAAAGUAGUUGAAGACCUGCAUCUUUCAUCAUUUAGUAAAACACACACACACACACACACACACACACACACACACACACACACACACACACAGACACACACACACACACACAUAUUAUAUAUUUACAAGCAGUGAUUUUAUACCUUCACACAGAGCUGGAGCUUCCACCGGUGACUUGCUGUACAUACAGUAAGCGCCUAUUGCUUUUUAAUGGUCCGAAGCUGAGGUGACAUGAGAUUGGUAUUUUAAAAGUGCUAAAAAACACUAUGACAAUUAAGAAGAUGACUUCACACAGCAAAGCACUUUCUGUCAGAUUGGUUUAAAGAAGAAAUCAGUGUGAGACGGAAUCUCCUGUCUUUUUUGUGACUUUUUUACAAUGUGAUAGUCUACUGUCUGUAAGGCGAAAAAGUACUUUGUAUAUUUUACUAAUAUGAAUAUUUAUUUGGUGCCUGCAUUGUAAGUUAUUGAUAUGUGUAUUUUUUCAUUGUUUUCUAGUUCUCACUCACCACCUGGUUACGACAUAAAACACAAUGACACAAGGAAACAGCCUUUCUGAUUUGUUC